GGCAAAGACUCCGACAUCAUGUUGGAGCCACAGUCAGGACACACAAGUGCACUCGGCUUCAAGGCGACGAUCCGCUUACGGGAUUUACCAGUCGUUCCUCGGAGCGAUCAGAGCGAGGUCAUCACCAACCAGGGGACAGUACGUGCCACAACACAGAAUACGGGUAUGAAGGUUACGUACUGGAUUCGUGACCGUGCCGCACGCGGGACGACUUGCCGGAUCGAUGGCUAUCUCUACGAGACAAACGCCGCCGAUCGCGUCCGGUGCCGGCUCCCAGUGCUAGAGCGAUAUCAUGGGCCGUUGUGCUGUGCGCCGAGUGCGGUGAAAUUACUUAUCUCAUUUCGCGAUUGCGUUUGUGGAUACCGCAACUUGCUCUUGCAACGAGAGAUCCUCUAUCGUGACGUUAGCAUUAACAGCCUAAUGUACUUCUGUACUGCCCGAGCAUUCAACGCAGGAAAAUUAUUGACUUGGAUUUGGCCGCCGAUAUCCGCACGCUGUGGACGGUUGGUGGAGCAACCGCAGGCGACUUGCGAGUGAGAACGCGUGUGUUCCAAUCUGCGAAAGUACUGUUUACUACUGACAAAAAUGUGUCUUUAUUUGGCCCUCAUGAUCACUUGGACGACCUCGAGUCGUUCUUUUACGUUCUCGC